AUGUGCUGUGUCAUGACACCUGAACAGUUUGGCUAUGGCCAAGUAGGUGCCCCUGUUCCCUGUUGUGAAAUCAAGUUGGUGGAUGUGCCGGAUGCCAACUAUUUCUCCACCAAUGCCAAACCCCAAGGAGAGGUGUGGGUACGUGGACCCUCCAUCACCAAGGGAUACUGGAAACGUGAGGAUGUCACCAAGGAGACCAUGACGGAGGAUAACUGGCUGCAGACAGGUGAUAUUGCAGAGUGGAAUGAAAAUGGUACCUUGACCAUCAUUGACAGAAAGAAGAACUUGGUCAAGCUGAGCAACGGUGAAUACAUUGCGCUCGAAAAGCUGGAGUCUAUUUACAAAAGCUGUGUCUACAUUACCAACAUUUGCGUCUAUGCUGACUCGCUGUAUCCCAAGCCAAUCGCUCUUGCUGUUGUAUCUGAACCUGUUAUUCGCAAAUUGGCCAUUGAAAAGCAAGUGACAGAGACAGAUUUCGAAGCAUUGUGCCAAAAUGAAGUGGUCAAAAAGAGUAUUCUCGCCUCCCUGUUGGAUCAAGCAAAGGACGGAGGACUCAAGGGCGCUGAAUUGCUGUUUGAUGUGCAUCUCUGCCAUGAAGAAUGGACAACAGAUUCGGGCAUGCUAACUGCCGCACAAAAGAUCAAGCGUCCUGAGAUUACCAAGGCCUUCAAAUCAGAAUUUGAUGCCAUGAAUGCCAGGCAGAAGAGCUAA